CUGUAAAGCCUGUAACGAGCUUGUCCGCGUCGUCGAGGGCCCCGAGGGCUGCCCUCGCAUCGCGGCAAGCCCUCGUGCACGCCGCCGUCGCGAGCCGCACCCGGCGGGGCAGCGUGAGACCGGCCCCAAGGCAGGGGCACUCGACAGCCAUGGGCUUCUCCAACGACGACGACCCCUACGGGGCCAUGUUCGCCGCCGCCGACGCCGAACAGCGCGAGAAGGCCGCCGCAAGUGAUAAAGAGUGGGCCGCGCGGGGCGUCGUGAAGGUCGCGCCUGAGCCGGAAGAGGAGAAGGAACCGAGCGAGCCCGAGAUCAAGGUGAACUGGCCUUCCUAUAUCAAGGAGGAGGUUCGAGAAUUGUGGAAGGAGGCGGGCAUCCUGCCGGAGGAGAACGCGUUGAUCGGAGAAGAUUUCGGCUGGGAAUUGGAAUCAGAAGCUCCCGCGCACACGGAGGCCGGUCAAAAAAGACGAGAGGACGAGAAGGGCCCCGUCAUGGAGGCCAUGGUCGACGCGUUGAAGUUUUUUGGUGCUAAAUCAACCAAAUCCAGAGAAAUCCGGAAGGAGUUGCGGGGCUUGAACCGGGACGCGGGCCGGCAGCUAGGGACGCUGCUCAAAGCUAUUCAUUUAUUUGAGGAGGACGAGGCCGGGUUCUCGCACAUGCGGGCCGCUCGACUUCGAACGAACUUGAUCACGCGAGAAGGCAUACCCUUGAUCCUGGAGGGGUUGCAUCCUGUGUAUAGGACGAGAGGCGUGCAAGUCGGCAUGCUCAAGGAAUUGGAUCUGGCCGAGAAUUCAUUAGGAGGCGUCGGCGUCGCGCGCUUAUGCGACGGUCUCAUACGACUGAGGUACAUCGGGUUGGAGCGAUUAGAUUUAAGUGGCAAUCACUCGCACAUCGAGGGCGCGAGGGCUUUGGCGAGACUAAUUUCAUCCGAGGCGGGCUGCACGGUGAACAUGCUACAAACGCGGCGCAACAACCACUUCGACGCUGGAAUCAAGUGUUUCGGCAAGGUGAGCUUUGGGCGAUUGGAGUUCCUCGACAUCCGCGAGAAUUUUUUUACGGCGCGCGGGGCCGCGGAAUUAGCUAACGGCUUCCGGGACAACGAGACGCUGACGGCGUUGGACUUUAGAGGUACGGUACUCGCAUUGGAAGGUAUCUGGGCCAUGGGCAACGCGCUCAAAAGGCGGAAAAAAAGAUUCCGGGAGAUCCAGCUGAGGCUGGGCGACAAAUUUUCCAGAGCCCCUCAAAAGGAUAAGUGGCAAGCUUUAGCGGAGCGAGAUGGGUGGACCGAAGAGGAGAUCAAGUAUGCUCAUGACGCGCCGUCGAAUCCGCGGCGGGAAGGCGAAACUUUGGAGGCGUGGCACGAGCGGCGCGACGCGCAGAUGGGUUUGGACCACCGCGUGCUCGGGGACGACCCCGGUCCGCGACGGCGGGAGGAUUUGGGCGAGGUCGGCUCCAAAUACAAGCACGCGCCGUACACGUACGACGUCUUCUUCUUCGGCGAGCCGGUCAAGGCCAGGUCCUUGUUCCAGAAGUGUUUUGGGCACCACAUCAUCGGUUCGCUCGACAUCACGUGCUGCCCGACGUGCUACGCGAUCCCGAUGCUGUGGCGCGAGUACGGCACGACGGCGUGCAGCGUCAUGUAAGUUUAGUUUUAGUGAGC